CAGUCCCAUUUCAUUUCACCUCUCUUUCCUAACCCCCAACGCCACGCCACUGUCACUUUCUUUCUCUCACAAAUCACAAUGUGCUCCGAUAACUACAAUCUUUCAAUUCCCCAUUAAUUAAAAUCAAAAUCAAAAUCUAAUCUGGGUUUCUCCCAUCAGAGGACAAAGCUUCCGACUUUGCGGGAUUCGUUCGUAUUUGUUUCAGUGCUGUGAUGGGGAAGGUCGCGGUGGGAGCUGCCGUUGUCUGCGCCGCCGCCGUAUGCGCUGCGGCGGCGCUGGUGGUGCGCCACCGCAUGAUUAGUUCCCGGAAGUGGAGUCGCGCCAUGGCGAUACUGAAGGAGUUUGAGGAGAAGUGUGGCACCCCAAUUGUGAAGCUAAGACAAGUGGCUGAUGCCAUGGAUGUUGAGAUGCACGCGGGUCUCGCAUCUGAAGGUGGUAGCAAGCUCAAUAUGUUGAUUAGUUUUGUCGAUAAUCUCCCAACUGGGGAUGAGGAAGGCCUCUAUUAUGCAUUGGAUCUUGGCGGCACAAACUUCCGUGUCCUUCGUGUACAUUUAGGGGGGAAAGACAAAGGUGUUAUCGGCCAGGAGUUUGAAGAAGUUUCAAUUCCUCCAAAUUUGAUGACUGGCUCUUCAGAUGCAUUGUUCGAUUUUAUAGCAGCAGCUCUUGCAAAGUUUGUUGGUUCAGAACCUGAAGGUUUUCAUCCUCCCCCUGGAAGACAAAGAGAACUGGGUUUUACAUUCUCAUUCCCAGUGAGGCAAACAUCGAUUGCAUCUGGGACUCUAAUAAAGUGGACUAAAGGUUUCAAUAUUGAAGAUGCGGUUGGUGAAGAUGUGGUGGGAGAACUAACCAAGUCCAUGGAAAAAAUUGGCCUGGAUAUGCGCGUUGCUGCUCUAGUUAAUGAUACCAUUGGAACAUUAGCUGGAGGCAGAUUCUACAAUCAGGAUGUCAUUGCUGCUGUGAUUCUUGGUACUGGGACAAAUGCAGCAUAUGUAGAACGAGCACAUGCUAUUCCAAAAUGGCAUGGGCUUAUACCAAAAUCAGGAGAUAUGGUUAUAAACAUGGAGUGGGGUAAUUUCCGAUCAUCACAUCUUCCUCUAACAGAAUAUGAUCUAGCUCUGGAUGCUCAGAGCUUAAACCCUGGAGAACAGAUUUUUGAGAAAUUGAUUUCUGGCAUGUAUUUGGGGGAAGUUGUAAGGAGAGCUUUAUUGAAGAUGGCCGAAGAAGCUGACUUUUUUGGCGAUACUGUUCCCCCCAAAUUGAAAGUUCCUUUCAUACUUAGGACGCCUGACAUGUCAGCCAUGCACCAUGACACAAGUUCUGAUCUGAAAGUGGUUGGAAACAAGUUAAAGGAUAUAUUAGAGAUCUCAAACACAUCCCUUAAAAUGAGGAAGAUCGUUGUUGAACUGUGUGACAUUGUUGCUACUCGCGGAGCUCGGCUUGCUGCUGCUGGUAUUUUGGGCAUCCUUAAGAAAAUAGGAAGAGACACAGUUAAGGUUGGGGAGAAGCAAAAGUCAGUGAUAGCGUUGGAUGGGGGGUUGUUUGAACACUACACCAAAUUUAGAGAAUGCUUGGAGAGUGCACUGAAGGAAUUGCUGGGAGAUGAGGCUGCUGAGACCAUUGUCAUUGAGCAUGCUAAUGAUGGCUCUGGCAUUGGUGCAGCCCUCCUGGCAGCUUCUCACUCCCAAUAUUUGGGAGUGGAGGAGUCUUAAAUUUUAUUGCCAAACAAGGGAAAGACGUGUAAUACUAGUUUCAUUUUUUGCAUAGGUGGUAGAUCAACACAUUGAAGCAAUGGUGCCUUGCAGCUGGUGACUGGGGGGGCAUUCAUUAUUUUGGUUUCAGUGUUUGUUUCUCCUUCGUUAAGGAAUAAUAUCAAAGAUAUAAACUUCAUCUUGAGUGACUAGACACCUUUUGCGGAAUGUAGCCAACGAGAAUAAAGCAGGACUUAAUGUAUUGACAAGCCUAAAUUUGUUUUUAUUUCAAAGCUUUUCUGAGUUAUCAAUGAAGACUAAAGCAUUGUUUCUGUUAUUGUUGUUGUUGCAGUCAUUUGCAUGACUUAGAAACCCUCCAUUUUGAUUACCCUGUCUGAAACAUAAUGAAACUUGAUUAUUAUAUGGGUGAUUGAAUGGAUGUUUUCUUAUUCUUUUC